CUUCCUGUUUUCUGCAACAAGGAAGCAGAAGAUGCAUGAUGGUUGAGAUUUCCACAUUUGCUUGUUAUGAUGGUUAAUUGUCUGUGACAUACUCAAGACGUCCAUGCUGGUCAGAACAGUGCCCUGCAUAUUCUUAUUUUUGUUUAUAACCAUGGCCCAAAUGGCUCAAGAAGACAAAGAGAAGACAACUGCUCUGAAAGAUUUGCUGUCAAGGAUAGAUCUCGAUGAGCUGAUGAAGAAAGAUGAGCCUCCCCUCACCUUCCCAAAGACGCUGGAGGAAUUUGAGUAUGAAUUUAAUGAACGUGGGCAGCUAAGACACACCAAGACUGGCGAGGCCUUCAUCUUCAACUACAGAGAGGAUCUCCACCGGUGGAACCAGAAGCGAUAUGAAGCUCUGGGAGAGAUCAUCACGCAAUAUGUUUACCAGCGCUUGGAGGAAGAGUGCAACUUGACAAGAGAAAUCCUCCCGAUGGACGCCACGGAGGACGAACCAAAGAGCUUCAUCUACCUGAGCGAGGACGCGCUGUCCAACCGGGACAAGCUGCUGGUGCUGAUCCAGGGCAGCGGGGUGGUCCGCGCCGGACAGUGGGCGCGGCGGCUCAUCGUCAACGACGACAUGGACAGCGGCUCCCAGCUCCCCUUCAUCAAGCGCGCCAUGGAGGAGGGCUAUGCGGUGAUGGUGCUGAACCCCAACGAGAACUACCUGGAGGUGGAGAAACAGCCAGCGGCGGCGGCGGCGGGCGCAGGCACGGCAGGCGCCUCAGCGUCAGCAUCAGCGUCGGUGGCGGCGACGGUAGCGUCGUCGACGGCCGCUCCGCAGCAGGACGCGUCCCCCGAGGGGCCCGAGGAGCCGGCGGAGAAGCGCGAGCGCAAGGAGGAGCGCGAGGAGCGCGGGCGCAAGAAGCGCGACUUCUACGAGAAGUACCGCAACCCGCAGAAGGAGAGGGAGACCGAGCACAUCCCUAUACGCGACAACAGUUCUCCAGAGGAACACACCCUGUACGUGUGGGACAACUUUGUGUCCCGAGCGGCCGCCAGGAGCAUCUUCGUGGUCGCCCACAGCUACGGCGGCCUGUCCUUCGUCGAGCUGAUGAUUCAGCGGGAGGCGGAGGUAAAGAACCGUGUGUGUGCGGUGGCCAUGACGGACUCUGUUCAUAACGUUUGGCAUCAGGAGGCCGGCAAGUCCAUCCUGGAGUGGCUACAGGAGCGCUGCUGCAACUGGGUGUCAAGCUCCGAGCCCCUGGACACGCUGGUGGAGUCCAUGCUGCCAGACUGCCCGCGCGUCUCCGCAGGGACGGAGCGGCAUGAGCUGACGUCCUGGAAAAGUUUCCACUCCAUCUUCAAAUUCUUUGCGGAUGCGCUGGAGGCCCAGGAGAGCUCGGACCUGCAGCCGUCCACUACAGUGACCACACGCAGUGCCAACAGAAUCAAACACGACGAGAUUUAACACACACACACACACACACACACACACACACACAAUGCCAAAGCCUCAAGAGUUCUUAGCUCCAGCCAGAGAAAUGUCUAUCCUAUGCCCUGCUGUGUCUACCCUCGCACUCCCUCUCUUGUCUCUUGUUCAUCUCUCUCUCUCUCUCUCUCUCUCUCUCUCUCUCUCUCUCUCUCUCUCUCUCUCUCUCUCUCUCCAUGCAGGGUGGCUGUGGGUGUGAGCAUUAGUCACUUUUUUAACAGUGAAAACGAUCCUCUCCUUCAGGCUUCAAAAACAUAGUAUCAAGAUUGUUGAAUCCAGGGUGUAUACAUCAGACUAACGUUUUGUAUUACUUCUAGAUGAGUGCAACUGUCAAAGCAAUAUGGCUUCAGUGCGCGCGGGCUCCCGCAGGCUCGAGUCGGGAUGUGGUGGCGGCAAUCGCUGCCGAGAUUAAGCAUGACAGGCUGCUCCGCGCGCUGCCUCGUGGUGCACCUCUAAUUGUCCUGACAUGGGCCUGAACUGAGCUAAUGCUGGGGAUGCUCAUCUCCCCCCGGGUCCUAAUGCAAGCCCUUUUGAAUCCCGCUAGACUUUUUUCCUGAUUCUUUCUCUGUCCAGAUCUCGCUGGUGGGGGGGAAAGAAGUUGAACGCUUGCUCACUUGUAUGAUGAAGGGAUAGUAUUUGUCGAACUGCUGCUUUAUUGGUGUUAGAUGUUGAUUUUCGCGAUUUUAUAAAAAAUGCUCGAAAAAAUGACAGUCGAGGAGACUAAGACAGACAUGGACCUUCCCACUUUAGUAAAUCCUGUCUAGUUUUAAAUCACUUAAGCCAGCUGUCAGGGUGCAAUGAAGGAAUGUUGAGUUUUGAGAGAUAGUAACAGUCCAUUCAACAGUCAAGCGAUUUCCGCAGAUCCCUGCCAUGCGUCGGGACAAGAACAGUUCUAAUAAUAUUAUCUUAAGUAUAAAUGAGGUGUCUUAAGAUGUUUGCACAUUGUACUUUCAGUUCUCGAGAGCUCACGCUGUUCGUCCUCACAUUCAGAUAGGACUCUGACAGUCCCGUAUCUCACUCAAACUCCCGAAAUGUCCUUUUUUUGGCGCAAACGAGACGCUUUGUUUCUAGGACAAUGUCAUCUCUCCAGAGCUUGAAGGCAUGCCUGUCCAAACUGUCCUCCCAUCACUCAGAUUUAGAAGUUGUGUGAAUCUCCCAUGAUCUUCUCUUUUAGAAAUCAACCGCCUCUAUUUUUCUGGCCUUUUAGCUUUAUAUUCAACGAGGGUAAAUGUAAUACCGCUUUCACAAUGUUAAUGUUCCAAUCAGUGAAUAAUGCUGCUAUAUUAGCAUGUCUGAUCGUCUAAACAAUACAUCGCAUCAGUAAACACUCUUUAUCUACAUGCAAUGGAAAAAAUAAUGGUUAUUUUCUUAAUCAGAUGCAUAUAUUGGGCUCAGUUGUGAGUUUGUGUAUUUUUAAUGCAGCCAUUUGAAAUAUGCAUUCCAUUUAAUGCUAGUUAUUGGUAGGCUUCGUUGUAGGCAUAUUUCAGUGUGAAAUAAAGUCUAGCCCGUUUAUAAUUUCAGUAAGUUGCCUUAGGAAUAAACAAGACACAUCAAGUUCAUAAGCGUUGUGAGGAAAGGCUAUAGUCUAACAAGCCAUACGCACGCAUAUCCUUCAGGCCUGGUGGAGGCAGCCUUAAAGCAAAUCAAAAGCUCAUUUGAUAUGUAAAUUACAACUAAUUUUAACAUUUUCUCUUUCAAAUAUUUUUAAUCAAAUUGUAUGUACUUUUUAUUGAAGCAUUUACUCUAAUUUACAAUUAGGAAGCCAACAUCCUUCUGGGUGUCCAAUUGUAAUAUCUUUGAUGUUAAAUUGCCGAUGUCCUUUUUAGGUAUGUUGACAAACUUCACGCUAAGAUUUUACAUAUUAAAAAUACACACAUUUUGUCUUUUAUUUUUCAUUUUAAUUCAUCUUAUGUGAUCAUCCUACAUGUAUAUUUCUAAAUGUGUUUUCAGUAUACAUUCAUUGUAAUUAGUAUUAAUAAAAUAUUUUUAAUGUGAA